AUGAAAUGGGAGAACCAAACACUUCUGGUGGAAUUCUUUCUAAAGGGGCUUUCUGGUUACCCAAGACUUGAGCUACUCUUUUUUGUGCUAAUCUUAAUAAUGUAUGUGGUCAUCCUUCUGGGCAAUGGCACCCUUAUUUUAAUCAGCAUCUUGGACUCCCACCUUCACACCCCCAUGUACUUCUUCCUGGGAAAUCUCUCCUUCCUGGACAUCUGCUACACCACCACCUCCAUUCCUAACACGCUGGUGAGCUUCCUCUCAGAAAGAAAGACGAUCUCUUUCUCUGGCUGUGCAGUGCAGAUGUUUCUAGGCUUGGCCAUGGGGACAACAGAGUGUGUGCUCCUGGGCAUGAUGGCCUUUGACCGGUAUGUGGCUAUCUGCAAUCCUCUGAGAUAUCCUGUCAUUAUGAGAAAAGAUUCCUAUGUGCUAAUGGCAGCUGGGUCCUGGAUCAUAGGAAUUGUCAACUCUGCAGUACAAACUGUGUUUGUAAUACAAUUGCCUUUUUGUAGGAAUAACAUCAUCAAUCAUUUCUCUUGUGAAAUUCUGGCUGUCAUGAAAUUGGCCUGUGCAGACAUCUCAGGCAAUGAGUUCAUCAUGCUUGUGGCCACAUCGUUGUUCAUAUUGACACCACUGUUAUUAAUCAUUAUCUCUUACUCAAUAAUCAUCAUCAGUAUCCUCAAAAUUCACACUUCUGAGGGGAGAAGGAGAGUCUUCUCUACCUGCUCAGCUCAUCUGACUGUGGUGAUAAUAUUCUAUGGAACCAUUCUCUUCAUGUACAUGAAACCCAAGUCUAAAGAGACACUCAAUUCAGAUGACUUGGAUGCUACUGACAAACUUAUAUCCAUGUUCUAUGGGGUGAUGACUCCUAUGAUGAAUCCGUUAAUCUACAGUCUCAGAAACAAGGAUGUGAAGGAAGCAGUGAAGCAACUACUGAGAAGAAAAGUUUUUAGCUAGUAAAUGGAAAAGAGCACCUAAUUUUUAUAAUCACAGUGUGGAAAUUAAUUAGGGAAACCAAAAAGUCAUAUAGAUAGUUCCUUGCUGCUGUGUCAAAUUCAUCUCUCAAGUCUUUCAAGCCCUAAAAUAUUCUUUUGUGGCACAGGGCAUAAUGACAGUAACUAAGUAAGUGAAUUUCAGUGUUUUAAGGGUCAGUAACUAUAGUUGUGUGUUUGAGGAUCUUGACAAUGAGGGCAU